AUGAGGUACCAAAAUUGGGACGUCCUCAUCUUCCCUCUGGUUGGAGACUCGAAGACUCCACUGCAGGAGUUUGGGACCGCUUGUACCGUCAAUCAAGACCCUCACGUCGUUCCCUUCCAAAGCCCUUCUGCUCAUCCAGCCUACUUGACCGUCGUGAGGGCCCCGUUGCCGACUGUCUCAUGCUUUAUACCUAGUCUCCCGCCUGGGUCCCCAUUUCGAGUGUCGUUACAUAGCUGGUCCACACCAACGGUUAGCCGUGGGAGUGUGGCUAGAGCUCCUCAACAGAGCAUGGUGGGGUUCGAGGCAAAGGUCGUGCUUGAUGGCGUCUGCAUUGCGUUUGUCACCGUGCUUCUCGUUUUGCUCCCUACUAUGAGUUGGCUGACGGACGAUGGCAGAGGUGCCUUGUUGAAUAAGGAUCCUCCUUGGCCUCAGAUGAUUGAUAUGUGCUCUCACACGGACAAGGAUGGCAACCACGACCAGCUUCGAUUUCCUCCAUUCCAUACAGAGGUACUGACGCAGACUUGGGCCAGUCCUGCUCAGGACAUGGGAAGAAUCAAGAUCGUCAUCACUGAAGGGAUCAACCAUGGGCCAGGAGUGUCGGCGUUUGAGAGAACAAAGAACCUAGUCUCGUUCUCUUUUCAGCAUGCUCCUUUACAUAUACUGGAGAAUUGUGGCAUCGCUUGGCCAAACCAAGGAUUGUACUUUCAGGCUGCGCAGCAAUUCCACCACGUAUCGUCGCCUCACACGCAAGCAGCAGAUCCGGAUAUGCAUGCCCAUUCUCCACGCCGCCGGAAUGCAUCACUGGUCAGUACCCGUGCAAAGCUCAAUCCAGCAAUAGGCCCAUUACCGAAUCCGGUACCCGGAUUUCGUCCUCUUGGACUCCACGAUGAUGAUCCUUUCCGUUCCCAGCAUGGCCCAACGCCUGGACCGUUCACUGGUGCAGCGAAUCUCUACAAUUACCGAAACCCAUGGAGCAGUAAUACUACGACCUCAGGUGAUAUUUCUAUGAAAGACCGGUCUCGCUCUACUUCAGACAGCUAUGACGAACCGAUGCCAGAUGUCACUCGUCCUCCGUCACCGGCGAAUAGCCGCCGCAGCCAUCCUAUGCCCGACUACUCUCGCCCUCACUCACUAGCAAGCAGUCGCCAGGUCUCCUGGUAUACAGGUGAAGAUUCGGGUGCAACGAGAGUUUCUCACCUUGGCUACGUGGGGGAAAACGCGGGAAUCGACGAACAAGUGAGCGAAAGCCUAUUCAGUGACUUGAUGACUCGGUUGAGUCCCCGAGAAUUCUCAGCCAACAGCGGCAUUUCUGCUCCAUCAAAUACCAGAGUCAACAGUGCAGCCAACACACCCCCAGGAAAAUCUUCAAUGGCGGCGGAGCUUAGAGGCGUCUCGUAUACCGGCAUGCCUCGUUCCGUGUCUGUCACAACACGAGACCCUCCACCCUCAUUCAAUACACGUAUAGCAUCGAAUAACAGCAUCAACCCUGGCUCUGACAACCCCACGUCAGCUUCUCGCCAGUCAGAGAUCAACGAUGCAAUCGCCGAAGAAACUGAGGACAGAACCAACAAAAGGCCUGUUGGAAGGCCCGCAGGGAACGUGAAAAGCAGAAAGGAAGGCCGGACCAGCGAGAUGGGCCUUGAAGUACCGAGUACCAAAUCUCAGAGCCGAGCAUCUGCGCCUUCCGCUAGUGCUCUAGGCAAAGAGAACAGUGGAAGCGCCAAUGGUGAGAAGUCCGGCGAGGGGAAGCGGAAAAGAACGACCAAAGUUGCUGCGUCGAAGGGCAAUUGGAAGGAUGGACUUGACAAUCCAGACAGCUCUCCAACGAGGAAGCUCUCAAAGCUGAGUCCAGGAGAUACAAUGCACCCCGAAAAUGAGAUCGACGACUUGACGGAAGAAGGGGUUGUCAUGAGGGUCCCGCUAGGAGAACUCGACAACAUCAUGUGA